AUGUACAAGAAACGGCACAAUAUAGGUAAAAGACGAGCUUCAACGUCAGUGCAUUCAUACAAGGAAUCAGAAAUUGCUGUAUUAUAUGAUGACAACUACUUCAGCAAUUUCAAAUAUAGCAUGUCGUUUGGUGGGGGGCGCAAAUCAGAUCAGUUGAGUGAGCCAACUUCACAUAGCUCAUGCAGUCCUAACUCUAGUCAGUCAACACACCUUAGAAAACCGACUCCGAAAAAAGAAUCUUUUGCCAAAAAUAAAACUAGUCUAGCCAUUAAAAACAUCAAGAAACCUGUAAAAGUUAGAAAAAAGAAAGGUUCUGGAGAUCAAUUAGUUAUAAAGGAAAAUUUACAAUGUGAGAGAGUUAGAAGGACAGCCAGCUUGAAUGCUGGGGCCAUCUUGAAUGCCAUGCUAGAUAAGGAUGAAACCACUGCUAAGAAACAAAAAUUAUCAGAUAAGAAACUAGGUGGUGUAGCUGACACUUCACUAACAUCAAGUACUGAGACUAUACCAAUGUUAAAUGGUAGUAAUGAAAUUACUACUAGCACCACUAAUACUAUCCAUACUCCCAACAGUGCUUCAAAAAGUUCCCCAAUUAAAUCAAAUGAAAAGAAUAAAAAGUUUGCUGAUGUCAGUUGUAGUCCAAUUGUUUUUGAAAGUCGUCAGACAACAUCCUCAUCACUAUCGAAAAAGUUAGUGAAAGUUAGUGAAAGUAAGGUUAGAGCCAAAAGAAUUGUUAAUAAAAAAAUUAAUUAUGAAGAUGAUGAUGAUGAUGAGGACAGUAAUGAUAAAGUUGGUGAUAAUGGUAUGGUUUGUGUACUUCGACCUGAUGUUUUGUCUACUCAUCUAGUUCCCAGCAAAAAUUUUACACCAUCUCAGAAGAAAUGCAUUGGUGAGAAUUCAAUCACUUUGAGUAAGGUUGAAAAAGUGAAGAAAAAUCUCUUCAAUUCAUCCUCAAUUUCAACAACGGCAAUGACAUCUGUCGUAAAAACGUCAAACGAAGCCAGACUUAAACGAAAAAUGUUAUUGUCCUCAUCUUCGUGUUCCUCCUUGUCGUCGUCACCAUCAUCUUCAUCAUCAACUAUAUCAUUGUCUGCCUCAUCUCAGACCACAGAGGAUGCAAAAAAUGCCAAUAAGCCUCCAAUGUCUAAAACAAACUACUCCACCACUUCAUCUGGCAACAGUAUCCAAUCAACUACAAGGGUAAACUCCGUCAAGUCGAUUAGAAAUAUCAAAUGCGUUACUAAAUCCAAGAGGCCAGUCAUAGAUAAGAGCAAGGUACCAAAGGUUUCAACAUCAGGAGCCAUCAAAAAAACAUCUACACGUGUGGCUAGUUUGAAGGCUCAAGUCAUAUUAGCUGCAUAUUCAGCAGAUCAAAAGAGGAUACCAAGAGUCAGUCCAAAGUUAAAAGGUUCUAAAAAUAAAUCAACAAUUGAUCGUGCACCUGAGAAACGACACGAGGCAAACGUCUGCCCUCUGAAUUCUACUCAGCCAUCUACAUCAUUACCAGUUCAAAUAUCACUAUCAUUGGCAGGGCUAUCACAGUUCUUACCAGCAAUUGAUAGUAAUGUUCAGUCCAUUUUAAAUUUGUCAUCGUCAUCCACUUCUGAUCUUUCCUUCCAUCCUUCCACUAAUUUUCCACCCAACUUUAUCAAUGUUAGCAAACAGGGUAACAACACAAGCACUGCUACUGCCAGUGAGUCGGUGACUAGAUCACCAUAUACAUCACAACCUUCAUCAUCUUUAUCAUCAUCAUCCGUAGCAACUUCAUGUUCUAAUAAACCUUCGAAAUCAAAUGGUCGCAAGCAGUUCACAAAAAUAACACCUUGGAAAAACCAGAGCGCAUUAACAACAAAUUCUCCACCAAACAACAACAGCAGUAGCAAUAAAACAGCAACUACAUAUCAGGUAAUCCUUCCAUCACAGCAUCAGAACGCCACAAUGGCAGCAGCAGCAACAACAACAACUGCAUCAACUUCAAAAACUAACGCACCGUCAUCAUCUAAAUUGCAUAGACGCCAACAACAGCAGCAACAAAACCAGUCACCAAAACAACAACAACAGCAGCAGCAACUAACAGCUGGUAAAGCUACAGCAGCUGUAGUUGCUACAAUUUUUCCCCACGUUCCAGGACAAAUUUGUUUUGCCAGACCCUCUUCAUUUCAAGGGCCUCAUCUGAACCCAUCAAACUCAACACCAUCAUCUUUAUUAUCUUCAUCAUCUCCACCCAUGUUACAUCAAUCUCAAAACGUACUCCACCACCCUCACCAACAACAAAUUGUACCCCAUGGGAGUGGAUUUCCGUCAUUUCCGUACAUUCAAGACGCUAGGUUUGCCUACCCCAGCACAAACAUGUUCGCAUACAACAGCAGUAACCAAGGCAACAACAACAGCAGCAGCAACAACAACAACAUGAACAAUCGUGGUGUUAUUGAUCAAUCCAAGAUCAACAUCGUUCCCGGCGGUCACCUCCAACAACCGUCUUUGAAUUCCUACCAACUUCACGCACAGAAUCCAACGCAGACAAUUCUCUUCAGCUCUUCCACUCAGCAGCAGCAGCCACAUUUUAGCCUGCAGCCUCCCUCACUACAGUACAAUAAUCAACAGCAGCAGCAUUUCUACAGGCAGUACUCCAUGGGAUCUGCCAUAUUUCCAACUGUGUCAUUCUCACCUGGAAAGAUGUCAUUCAGUCAACCCUUCCACAACAUCUCUACACAGUAUUUUUUGCCAUAUAACUCCAACCAUGAAGCUAGUAACAAUACAAGUAUUAAUAAUAGUAGUAUCAGUAACAUCGAUGAUGGUGGGGAUGAUAAAGCUGUGAAAAUGUUGAGCCCUAUGUUACCCCGACUACAUCAGCAGCAACAAUCAUUGUUAGUUCGCGGUAAGAAUAUACAACCGAAGCAAGUACCGCAACAGCAGCAACAACAACAACAGUUACAUUAUAAUCCACAACAAUUACAUCAACUGCAACAUCAACAACUUUCACAUCAACAACAGUUACAUCAACAACAACAGCAGUUACAACAAUUUAGCAAUAGCAGUACUAAUGUGGUUGUCCAGGCUUUACAUGAUAGACCAAGUGGAAAACCACAACCCAACAGAAAACGCACCUCUGGCACUGGAAUCAAAAGAAAGGCCAAGGUAUCAAAACUUGACAACGUUAAAGAUAACAAAACCGCUAACAGGAAGAACAGCAAGAACAGCAAAAACAUGAACAUUGCUGAUAACACCAAAGUUAACAAUGCUAAAAUCAACAUGGAUGACAUCAAUAAUGCUGACAACAAUGACAGUUUUGAUGACAGCAACACAAUCACCACCACAACAACGACAUCAGAUAGUGACAACAACAACAACAGCAAACAAAACUUAACUACAACUACUGCUACUAAUACUGCAAAAGCAUAUGAUGAGCAGCAAGUUGUUAAAGACCUUACUGCAAAGUUUGAUGCAAAGACAUCCUCUGAGAAGCAUCAUUAUGAUGAUGAAAAGGUUGAUGAUAGCGGUGAUAAGAAAGAUCUUAUGGCAAAUGUUAAUGGUAGCAAAGUUUCAAUGCCUGUAAAGCAGAAAGUCAUGGACAAGGCUUUUAAUAAGAUUCACUCAUCAACCCAUAUGAAUAGACCAUCAACGUCAUCUUCAUCAUUAUCUACCAUUGUCAACAAUAAUAAUAAUGAUGAUGAUGAUGAUAAGAGUAAGAUAGACAAUACUAACAAAAACAGUGUAAGUGCCAUUAGCAAUAAUGGCUUUGAUACUAAAUCUGCUAAAGAGGGUGAUAUGCUUAAAGAUAACCCAAAAAAUAUUGCUUAUAUCAAUAGUUCUAAUUAUAAUUUCAUUGAUAAAAAUUAUAAUAAUGAUAAUAAUAAUAAUAAUAGCAGUAGUAGUAGUUGUUGUAGUAAUAGUAAUAGUCUUAAUAGCUGUAGCAUUAACUUCCAUGAUGCUAAUGUUUUAAAGACAAAAAGAAGAAAGACAUCUACAAUUGCAGCCAACAAUAACAACAAUAAUGAUGAUGGUAAUGAUAAAAUCAUAUCAACUAUCUCAACAACUACAAUGUCGUCAUCAUCAUCAGCAGCAGCAUCAUCAUCAGCAGCUGCAGCAGCAAAAGCAGCUGACUCAAUGGCUGUUGCUGCAACCACAAUAACAGAAUUAAUAGCAGCUACAACGUUGUUGCAAAUGUCAGCCAUGGCAUCCACACCUGCUACGACAACGCCAGCAACAACAACAACAACAUUAAAUAAUGAUCUGUUGCAGCAGCAGCUAGAGGUCAGAAAUUCAGAUUCGAUUGAUGUCUCGAAGGUUAAAAACAACGUUGAUUUCAAUGACAUCAACAAUAACAACAAUAAUGAAGGAUUCGUUAAACCACUGAAUAGAAAGAAAAAAUGUAAUAAAGAUAGUAACAUUAGUAACAGCAACAACAACAACAACAACAAAAACAUUAUCAUCCUUAACAACAAAAUAAAGAAGACCAUAAAAAGAAAGAGACAGCCAUCAUCAGCAGCAGCAGCGGUACCGUUAUCAUCAUCAACAUCAUCAGUUCUACCAUCAUCACCAACGUUAUCAUCAUCAUCGUUGUUGUUGUUUAGAAACGCCAAAUCGUCCCAAGGACAAAAGUCAAAUAUCUUAAAUACUAAAAAGAAUAAAAAUAAGAGAGCUAAUAACAACAAUGUUGACAACAGCAACGAUAAAAAUAACAACAACAAAACCAAAAAAACUGUAAAAAGCAAAUAUAACAACAACCCAAACGACAGCAAUAACAUUGCUAACGUCAACAACAAUAACAACAACAACAUCAACAAUGCUGCUUACAGCAAUGGCAACAACAACAACAGCAGUUGCAACAGCAAAUCUAGUUCCAUUACAUUAAAGGUGUCCUCUGCAGCUACCAACAGCAGUAGUAGCAGUAGUAGUAGCAGCAGUAGCAACAAUAAUAUAGCAAGUGUAGUUGAGCAUGUAAAACCUAGCUGGUUUUGGUUAGGAGUUCCAUUUGUUAAAACAGUUUACGUCCAGACGGACGGAACCCACGUUAGGAGGAAGUGCUAUCCAUCCAUUCAGCAUUGCACAGGCGACAUAGUAAACGUCCGUGAUUGCGUUUUCAUCCGAUCCGGAACUAAGAAAAAGGAUAUCCCGUACAUCGCUAAGAUUUAUGCUCUUUGGGAGGAAGGGAAUUCCAGAGAUAUGAUGAUGGGUGUCUUUUGGUACUAUCGUAGAGAGCACAUAGACUCCGAGUCUAUUGCCUCUCGAUACCUGGAUACGGAGGUGUUCGCCUCGAGACACAGAGACGUCGUGCCUGUAGCCUGUAUUGAAGAUAAGUGCUAUGUGCUGACUUUUAAUCAGUACUGCAGAUACAAAGCCAUGGUGAACAUGGUGGAGGCAGGAUCCUCCACAACAACUAAUGAGACAUCAGUUCCAACAGCUCCGUCGCCGCAACAAAAACAACAAGACUUAUCAGCAAAAGAGAGCAACGAACCGACUCCAUCAGCAACAACAUCAACUGCAUCAUACUUUUCACCAGUGACAACUCAGUCGCAGCUGCAAAAUUAUAUCUUGCCAUCAGCAGCCCUAGCGACACCGUCGCUACCACCACAGCCACAACAACAUUUGUCGCCGGCGACAACGACGACAAGAACGACGACAUUAAUUGAGUAUUUAUCUAGAGAGAUUGACAAGGACAACAUAUUUCUAUGCAGACAUAUCUAUGACAUCAAACUGAAGAGAAUCUCGAAAAAUCCACACAUUGCUGUUACAUCAAUCAGCAGCGCUUACAACAAUAACGUCAUCUACAGCAACAGUAACACUAACAACAACAUCAACCACAUCAACAGUUUCAACAACAACAACAACAUCAACAACGUUUAUUUAAACAACAAUAACGUUAAUUUCAGUAACAGUUGUAAUGGCAUCAAUAAUAGCAGCUUCAAUAGCAGCAGCUGCAAUAACAGCAACAGCAACAACAACAUCGUUUUUGUCAACAAUUACAACAACUUCAACAUCAACGACAAUCUUGAUUAUGCUAAUUUUGGAGGCUAUAGCAGCAGUAGCAGUAAAGAUGAUACUAACGUCAUUGUUCAAAUUACUAAUGAUACUAAGAGCAGUAACAACAACAACAAUAACAAUAGUAGCGGUGAUAAUGAUGAUAAUGUUUAUAAUUGUUUAACUUCAGAUGAUGGUGAAAUUGUAGUAACAUUUAAUACUGUUCAAUGA